GAUUACCAAAAGUGGAACAUUCUUCCUGCAGUGUUCUGAGGAUGUUGUUGAGGGAACACAUCAUAGGAUGUAUAAACCGUUCUGACAAUGUUCCAUGACAACAGAUGAAGAACCUGCAACGUUCAGUUUUGAGAACGUUCAGGCAGAACAGUUUGACUGUUAUCACCAAACAUUUUCAGAACAUCCUUAGUUCUCCCACAACAUUCUGGGAACUUCCUGCUUGUAGACGCUACUAGAACCUUUGCAGAACCUUACUAACCUUAGUACAGAUUGUGUUUUUGCAGAAAAUGUUUUUUGUUUUUUACAGUGAAGAUGAUGAAGGUGAGCAGAGAUGAGGAGGAACCAGGAAGGAGGUCAAGAAGAUGAACCCAACAGUUCCCCUCCAGGAGAACAGCGCCUCCUCCUCCUCUUCAUCCAUCCCUCCUCCUCCUCCUCUUCAUCCAUCCCUUCUCCUCCUCCUCUUCAUCCAUCCCUCCUCCUCCAUCCAUCCCUCCUCCUCCUCCUCUUCAUCCAUCCCUCCUCCUCUUCAUCCAUCCCUCCUCCUCCUCUUCAUCCAUCCCUCCUCCUCUUCAUCCAUCCCUCCUCCUCUUCAUCCAUCCCUCCUCCGGUGCUCCUCCUCCUCUUCAUCCAUCCCUCCUCCUCCUCUUCAUCCAUCCCUCCUCCGGUGCUCCUCCUCCUCUCCAUGCCGGCGGAGCGGAGCUGUCCGCGGGGCUGCCAUGGCGAAGAUCCGGGUGUCUUAUGAGUACUCCGAGGCCGAGGACAAGAGCAUCCGGCUGGGCUUGUUCCUGAUCGCCUGCGGCAUCCUGAGCCUCUUCAUCCUCGGCUUCUGCUGGCUCAGUCCGACGCUGCAGAGCCUCCAGAGCAAGCCGGCCAACUGCACGGUGGUGUCGGUGCUGCGUCCAGAGGAGAUGUUCGAAUGUGUUUUCACCUGCGGAGCUGAUUGUAAAGGAACGUCGCUUUAUCCCUGCCUGCAGAUCUUCGUCAACAACUCCGAGUCCAACUCUGUGGCUCUGCUGCACUUCGAUGAGCAGCAGCUGGUCCUGAACCCGAAGUGUUCCUACGUUCCGCCCUGUGAGAGGGACAACCAGAAGAACAAAGACAGCGUCCUGUGGUGGGAGGACUACUUCACCAGAGAGGUCAGCAGUCAGUCCUUCACCUGCUUCUUCAACCAGCAGAGGAGGCCUGAUGACGUCUUGUGGCGACGUUCCCACGACACCAGCGUCCUGCUGCACUGUGUCCUCUGGCCAAUGGUGUCGCUGCUUCUGGGCACGCUCAUUGUGCUCCUGACGGUUUGCGCCCGCUCGCUGGCAGUUCGCGCCGAAGCCCUCCAGAAGAGGAAGUGUUCCUAUGAGGUUUGCCAGGACCUGUCCGCCGCCAUGCCCUCGGAUCACCGCGGCAACAAGGCCGGAGACCCCCUGACGACGAACUCUGAUGACCCCGAGCUGCUGUCGCCGUCCAGGACCCUGCCGUUGUUUGCGGUGCCGAUUCGGCGCCGAGACCGGGAACAUUGAAGCAGAAAGGAAAGGUGUUAUUUGGCGGCAUAAAAUGCGAGGACGCCACCUGCUGGAGGAGUUUAUAGAUCCAACGUGUUGAAGACGAAGGGAAACCUGUUGCCUUCAGCAGAAACACUGUAGACAAACGUCGUGAAACUAUCGUAUGAGUCGAAUCUCCUGAGUUGUUGUUGAAGUGGUUCUGGUUCUGGUUGGGUUCUGAUUGCUGGUUCCACUUUGGAUCUGGUUUCUAGUCCAGAAAAUUCCAGAUUCAUUCAGCUCCGGUGCUAAAGAAUCUCCCAUCAAACCUCCUGGUUAGUUCGUCAACGGAAACCUUAAAGACGGGAAACUGAUUAUCUUAUUUGAGGAAACACUGAUGGACAUUUGGACUAAAUAAUGAAUCAAUUCCAAUGGAAAACAACCAACAGAUUAAUCAGCUAUGUAAAUAAUCAAUAGUUGCAUCCAAACCUCAAAAAAGGCCAAAAUUACAAAUGAAAAUAAACAUGAAAUUAUCACAAAAAAAGACUUAAACCACAAAAAAGAUGAAAAAUUAUGUCAAAUAGACACAAAAUUGCAACAAAAAGCACGGAAUUAGCACAAAAAGGAUUAAAAAUCACCACAAUGACAUGAAAAGACAUAAAAUUAUCAUACAACAAGAUGAAAAAUAACAAACUAUGAGUAUGACACAGUUAGAAUGACAAAUCUGAAAAAAGACAAAACUGAAAUUGUUGAAACCACCACAAAAAGAUGCUGAAUUAUCUCAGAUAGAUACAAAAUCCCCAUGAAGGCACAAAACCCACCAAAGACACAAAAUUACCACAAAAAGAAGCAAAAUCAUGACAAAGAUGUGAAAUCACCACAAAAUGAGUCAAAAUGACCACAAUAACACACAAAAUUACCAGAAAAACAUACAAAAUUACCACAUAAAGAUGCUAAAUUACCUAAAAGAGACACAAAAUCCAGCAAAAUAGUUGCAUAUUCAUUUAUCAGUUAAUCGAUUAGUGGACUAAUUAGUUCUAGUUCCAUGUUUAGAUGUCAUAUUUUGAGGAAAACUGGAGGCAGGAUGUUUUUUUAAGCUGUUAUUGCAACAAAACCAAUAUUAGCUCCUAAUCUGCAUUGUUUUUCAGGUAAUUUUUGUGAAAUUUAACUCGCUGAUCGCAGUUUCUAACUUUGAGAUUUGAUUGGAGAUUCAUUAAAAAGCCGUUGGAACCCGACCGGAGAUACAAGGACGCUCAAUCUUUACUGUAGCUCUUCUUCUACUGUAGUUUCCCUGCAAGUUCCAGUAGCCAUAAAUGUUUCUGAGAUCCUGUAACCAGACUUUCUAACAGACGAGGCUUUAUAUAUUAAGAUAUAAAUAGAUCCAUAUGUGGAGAUGAAGGGCGUCGACUGCAGCACUUUCUACCUGAACCAUGUUUUAGCUUCAUCUGUCCAGAAGAGCAUGAAGCCGGAACAUUAUCCUUCUUAUUUAGAGUUUUAGUUUCAUCCAGAAAAGUCUCCAGAUUCGUCUUUAAUUAUUUAGAAGACUCAAAGAAACCAGUGAGAAGGUAAAAGUCAAUAACUGGAAGUAAAUUUAAAUAAUUGAACCUACAUUGUUAAUUAUUAACGUAUUGAAAUGUGCUCAUCAGAGGCCCAUUAGCGGCUCCUGGUGAUGUCGGGACUCCAGACCUCCUCCUAAUGAUGCUCUUUGAACCGUGGAGGUGUUUACAGACAGCAGGAAUGUAAACGUUGGAGGUCAAACCGGCUGCAAAGGUCACAGAGAAACUGGUAAAACCGAAACAAAGGCGAGUUUCUGUUGGUUGUUUGAUUCAAGGCCUAAAUUUAAUAGAAUCCGAGAGAAAUGUGAAGAUGAAACUGACUGAUUUUGUCCCAUUUCAUUCACCAAAUUCAGAGAAAAUCAGCAAAAGAAAACGUGAAUUAUGUGAGUUUUAACUCUCUGAACUCCUAGCAGCAGUUUCUGGGUAGUUUUCUAAAUCUCGUGUCACAUUUUUCUUCACUGCAAUCUGAAGUCCUCUGUGGAACCAGAACAACAUGAAGAAGGAGAGAGAACUCCGAAAUGUCUUCUGUCACUAGGACUAAGUUAGAAUGGCAGAAAUCAGAAAAAAAUAAGUAGUUGAAAUUGGGGAAACCACCGCAAAAAUAUGCUAAAUUACCUAAAAAUCCCAAUAAAGGCUCAAAAUCCCCACAAAACCAUCAGGAAAAGACACAAAAUCACCAAAAAAUGUGCAACAUUAAUACAAAAAGUUGCAAAAUCAUGACAAAAAACACAAAAUUAGCACAAAAAGGAUUAAAAGUCCCCACAAAACAUGCAAACCCACCAUGAAAAGACACAAAAUCAUUACAACGUAAUGCAAAAUAACAAGCUAUGAGUGUAACACAAUUAGAAUGAGACAAACCUGAAAAAAGAAAGAGUUGAAAUUGGUGAAACCACCACAAAAUGAUGCUAAAUUAUCUAAAACCUACACAAAAUCCCCACAAAAAGAAGCGUAAUGUUACAAAAGAUUUGAAAUUACCAGAAAAAUACUCCAAAUUACCGCAAAAAGAUACAAAUUCCCCAUAAACACUCAAAAUCACCACAAAAAGACACAUAAUUACCACAAAAACACUCAAAAGUACCAAAAAAACACUGAAAAUUACCACAAAAAGACACAAAAUCACCACAAAAGAUGUGAAAUUACCAUAAAAACACUCACGAUUACCACAAAAAGAAUCAAAAUCACUACUAUUAACACAAAAGACUCAAAAUUACCACAAAAACAUUCAGAGAUACUAAAAGACUCCAAAGAGAUGCAGAAUCACCACAAAAAGAUGCAAAACUACUGUAAAAAGACAGAAGAAAAGACGCCAACAACCAUCGUGUUUUUGGUUUGUUCUAAAGAUGUCUUCAAACCCUUCAGCAGGUUUUUGGGGUUCAGAGGUUAAAACUCUAAAAGACGCUUUAAGACUUUGAUGUUCAAGAUGAUCUGGUUCCUCUGAUCUGAUGUUCUUCCUUUUUGAAGAAAGAGUCUGAACAGAUCAUAGCAAAACCAGCAGGUUCUAAAGAGAACGUUCCUCAGAGAACGUAUGAAUGUAAAGAGGUAGCAGAUCCUGAUGUAGCUUCAAGAGAAAACUGUCGGUGCCUGAAGGAAGCAAACUAAAGUCACUUUUACCUUCUACCACACUUCCUUUCCUUCUUUCUUUCCCCCUUUUAUCCUUUUAAUCUUUAUUUUUUCUUUCCCAGUUUCACACUAAAAUGUGUAAAAUUUGAUGGUCCACAGUGCAAUAUCUGUAAAGAUAUAAAAUUACCACAAAAAGAUGCCAAAUUACCAUAAAAAGACUCAAAAUGAUCACCAAAAGACCUAAUAUUGACAGAAAAAGACAUAAAAUCACCACAAAAAGAUGAAAAACUACGGAAAAAACACUCAAAAUUACCACAAAAAGAUUAAAAUGAGAUCAAAAAGACUCAAAAUUAUCAGAAAAGGGCUCAAAAUUAGCACAUAAAGAUGUGAAAUCACCACAAAAAGACUCAAAAUUACCACAAUAGCAUCCUAACUCACCACAAAAAUACUAAAUUGCUUCAAAAAGAUGCCCAAUCACCAAAAAAAAUUGUAAAAUUACAAUAAAAAGAAUUAAAUCACCACAAAAGACCCCAAAUUACCUUAAAAAGACCCAAAAUCACCACAAAAAGACUAAAAAUCACAACAGAAGACCCAAAAUCACCACAAAAUGACUCAAAAUCAAACACAAAAGACUCAAAAUUCCCACAAAACCACCAUGAAAACAAAUGACCACAAUAAGACAUAAAAUCAAUGUGAACUAAAUCUAUAAUUUACGUCUUUCAGAGGCGUCGAACUUCAACCCAAACUGUAAACUUUUACCUGAACUGAGGAAGUUUAGUAGCAGAACGAUAAACUGUCAACCAACUCUUUCUUUUUCUUUCUUUCCCCGCAAAGUUUUGACUUUCUAACCUUUAUUUCCCAUCUCUUACUUUCCUUUUCCAUUUUUUUCUGUGCUAAAAUCACAAACCUGUUGGAUAAAAACUCCAAAUCAGCAACUCAAACCAUAAACAAACAGAUUUGUUUGGGUUUUUAAAGCUCAGAGACACUGUCAGCUGUUAUUUUUCUGAUCAUCCAGGUUUAAAACGAUCCCAUUCUUUGGAUUUUCCUCCAGUCGUCCGUCCUCUCCAAAGAAAAAGUAGCUUCUUGUAGCAUUUCUGUGUUUUUAUGAGACUUUAAGAGCUUUUCGUUGUCUGUCUGUUGGGUUUUCUAUCUGAAGCCAUAAGCUGGACUUUAAACAGGAAGUGUUUGGUCUUUCAUUGAUCCUGACCAGUUUAAUGUCUGUUAACUCCUUCAUCUGCUGUACUUCCAUGGUUUUUCCUGUUCUCGCUGCUUUUCCAUGAACUCUGAGUGUCGUCUGCGGGUGUUUUGUCGUCAUCCAUCUUUGUUCGGACCCUCAGCACUGUACCAUGUGACCCAGGUAGCUGCUUCGCCGUCUUUAAUAAUCAACAACUGUUGUGCCUGAUAGAGAUCUUUAAAUAAAAACACACUUUGUCUUCAAA